UUCAUGUCGCUUUCCUUCCGCCAUUACGAGAUAGAUUGUUUUGCGCUGUAAGGGCAUGCGGGCUAAGAGUAAUAUUAAUAUUUUCUAAAUUUGCUGUAGAAUUAAACGUGCGGAAAAUUGUACUGAGGAAAUAAUAAAACCUUUGGCAUUAAUUGGACUCUAUUUAACCAAGCACCGAAUAUUAAGCUCCCAAAUAUCGAUGUGAAGCAGUCUUAUUUUUUUUUAUUUAGUUGCGUUACAUUUCAAUAUAUUGGAUUUUUUUCGUUUUGUUCAUUAUAAAUGAACACCAAGCAUAUAUAUGAUUUAACUUUUCGUUUAUGUCAAGCGCUUGAUCAAAAUUAUGACGUGGUUAACAUGGACGCAGUCAUGUCUGUUAUUUCCACCUUGGAGGGCACAACGAUUACAAAAGAGCAAUUGGAGGCCACCCGAUUGGCAAAAUAUAUAAACCAUUUGAGGCGGCGACUUACUAAAGAUAAACACUUAGCCCUCCGUGCUAAGUCUUUACUAAAGAAAUGGCGUAAAAUGGUUGGAAUUCAACAACAACAGCAGCAUAUCAUUGAGACAGCAACUACCACUUCGUCUGCAGCCUUGCCGUGUAUAUCAGGUCUUAAUACUACCUUAUACCAACAACAACGCCUACGAUCGCAGUCUAUUUCGCCAGCAGCAUCAUCAAUGCAUCUUGAUACAAUGCAGCAGCAUUCAAAUUCUAACAGUAGUCAAGCUAUAAUUGCCUCUAUUCCCGCUUCUGCCAUUGUAGAAAGCAUGCCACGUAUAACGAAUGUGGCAUCUGUGUCUUUGGCUUCAUUAUCUGCAGGAAGUACCAAUGUCCAUGUACCUAUUAACAAUAAAAAGUUAGGGGAAAUGGAAUUAGCAAAAGCUGAAUUAACACCGGCUUCAGUGGUACCUACUCAUGACAGAAUACAGCUGACAAGUUUUGAGAAUGUUCUAAGUGGUUUUGGUGUUACCGAAAACAGCAAUAUCGGUAUAACAAGUGAUAAGUUAAACCAACCGGGACAACAACGUUUAGUCCCACCUGAAACUUUUAUAAUUGAUCAAUCAUCAAAUUCAAACUCGGAAACCAGUUUGAUUCUUCCAUCGAAUAGUGGACCUUCAAAAGAUACUCCUAUUGUUAUUGAUAUUCAGGAUUCAAACUCUGGUUCAAAUUUAGUUACAUCUUUACCCACCAUUCCGAUAGUUAGCAAUAGAAUACCUCCAACUGGACCAAACAAAACAAAUCCAUUUAAAUUAACUAGCAGCCUUGGCAUGACGAUUUCUCCUUCCCCAUCGUCUUCGAAACCAAAAAAACUUAAAAAGGAGAAAAAACGUAAAGAUAAAGUUGAUCACGGCGAAGCUGAAAAUGUCUGUGAAUUAAAAAAUGCGACUGUCUUAUUAGAUGAUACUUCGUCUAAUCAUCAACGUCUUAACCUUCCUGGAGGAAAUGUAGAGAAAUUUCCAUCUUUCGUCAAUGAGGAGAAGUCUCGUUUGGCAUAUGCAGAAAUUCUUUCACUCUUGGAUAAUAGUUCAAUGACCUCUAUGUUUCCUCCAGAUGGAUCUACACUCCUCGCUGAUGAACACAAAGUAAAUUUAUCUACUAGUAGCCACACAUCCUUUAAUUUGUCAACAUCUGAUUUAACUUUUACUGGAAAAUUUAAACAAGGCAAUUCUGCACCUCCGGCAGGAUAUAGUAAUGAUAUAAUUGGCUAUAAUACAAAUCGCCCCACUGUUUCUCCAAAAAUUGCGAUUGUUAAUAACUUUUUGCAAACUGUACCGACAGCAUUAAAAUUUAUGCCAUUUCGAGACGAUGGUUCAAAUUCAAAUGAUAGCAAUUCUAAUAGUCGAACUUCUCAAAUGGAUCUCAUUGAUGUGGUUAGUAGUGACAAAAUAUUGCGUGCAUUUCAGACACAAAGGAAGCAAGAUAACUCGAAUUCACAACAGAAGUCAGUUGGGGUAAUAAAUUCAGGAAAUCCGCAAACUUUCUCGUCAUCAGUUUUUUCCUCACAAAAAUUGCAGCCUUCGAGUAAAAUGGAAGCAACAAUAAUUGCAGGUUCAAAUGCUGCUAUUGCGCAGGAAAAAAAACUACCGCGAAAGCGUGGUCGUAAAAAAGGUUCAAAAGGUGUCGAUUCUGUUAUUGCAAAAGAGACCAGUCUCAGUUCUCAAAUGCUCAUGACAUCUCUCGGGAGCGGAAGUAAAAAAGUCAAAACUACAAAAGAGCUCUAUGCUGAAAUGCAAAAUCGUAAAUUCGGCAUAAUGGGGACUUCUUCGCCGACUUUGGCUGGCUGGGCAGCGCCACAAAACCAGCAACAAACGUCUCGUCCAACAUCAUCUUGUUCAGAACCCUCACUGCAAUCACCCCAUACAUUUGAUGCCUGUUCAACAAAUGCCACUAUGUCUACCGUGGCCACACGUUCUACGCCUGAAAAAUACCUAACUAAUGCCAAUGCAGUCGAAGGUGAGACUACUAGCGAUACGGUCACUUCGGAACCUUCCCGGGAUAGCUCUGUAAUCCCUAAGCACAUAAAGCGAUCUUUAUCCAUUGAAAGUAAUAGCAAUUCACAAUUGACUUCUUCAGCGAAAGGGAAUGCUAUUUCGCCGUUUAUGACCGAUAUGCAACCUAGUGACACCUCAAGUCAAGUUGCUGCCAUUGAAAAGCAGUUGCUUGAAAUAUUGAAGAAAUUACCGCCUGUACCAAACAUUACUGCCACUGAGUUGAAGCGUACUACAGGAUUAAUACCGUGCACUUGUAAAAUAACUGAAAUAUCGCCAGAAAAGAAUAACCUACAAGAAUCUGCUAAAAAUCAGAAAAUUGAAAUAUGUGCUGCAACCAGAGUAGUAGAGCAAACAAAUGUUAAACAUGAUCCUUUGGAACAAACAGAUGAUAAAUCGAUUAUAAAGCUUGACGCAGUUAGUAGGAAUGUUGUUAUUGGCGGUACAACUGAAUUGAAGCCGAAGUCACCGGCAACAUCGCCACCUCCUUUAGCUAGGAUGAAGCCCAAAAAAUCUAUAUUUGACUUAGAUUUCGAUGAUGAUGACGACCCACUGCAUACGUUGAAAGCUGAAGCUGCAGCUGCCAGUUUGAAAAAAGGAAUUAUGCAAGAAAAUCUUAAAAUAGAAGUAGAAUCCGAGUCACAUAUAAAUAACUUGCAUUUUGAACAGAUUCAGCCACCACAACCUCUCUAUAAUAAAAUGGCAAUUGAACAAGCAGCAAGCCAGACAAUGAGGGAGGAGAUACCCAUGCUUUUAUUUCCCACGUAUGAAGUAGAAGAGGAUCCUCUAUGUAUAGCAAAACAGCGCUUCGACAUACAAACCCAAAAAAUUACAAAAUUUCACAUUGAUGCCUUACAUAAUUGCUUCAUACCAAAUGUGAACGGUAAUUGGGAUAAUUCAAAUAACACCAUUGCUCGCAACAUGACGCUAGAUAAAGUUACCGCGGCUGCUGAUGCCAAAACUGAAUAUGUUAUAACAGAUGGUUGCAAUGUAGCACCAAGGUAUGGUUCUCUUGUGAUGGAACGCAUUAGGAAAGAUUUAAGUCAUAUAAGUUUUACCAGAAAUUCUAUAUCGAAGAAGACAGUAACUGCUAUGGAACAAUGGUAUAUUAUACCUUUUCUGGGUGUAGCUCUUUCAUUGUUAACGAAUAAUAAAAGAAGAGCAUCACACAAUCAUAAAACAUGCCAUAAAACGAAGGUUACUACAUUAAAGAUUUCUGAAUACGAGAACAUUGGCAAUGCAGAGCCACAACUAAAGGCAAAUAAGAGAACUGAAGAGUACAAGACUGAUAAACAAAGAAUUUGUAUCAGUGUCAUAAGGAACGAUGAUAGAACAGAUUUGAUACCCGAUACCGAAGAAAUCACAUCCAAGGAGCUAACAGAUAUUUGCGUCCAAUCAACAAAUCUGGAUGCUAGGCUAAGUGUAAUAAAGCCUUUCGACGUGGAAACUUGUGCAAUUGUAGGGAAAAAUAAUAACAAUGUCACCCUUAAAGACAUAACAAUCGAUGUAAUCGGCCAUGGCACUGAUCUGUUUCUAUCACAUUCAAAUGAAUUAAGUGAAAGUGCGCAAAAUGGUCAGAAUCUGCUUGCAAUUGCUGACCAUUUGGGUUACAGCUCAAAAUCAGCUGUCAAGAUUUCCCUAAGCCCAACUACAUUAUCGUUGUCUAAUAAUAAUCAACGCCAAUAUAGCAGUGAAUUGGGUUCCGCAAGUAACCUAAUAAGUGAUACUAGUUGUAGACCUGUUAGAAAUCUAUGCCAUACAAAUUUACUGCAAAAUGCUAUCAAAGAAAACGACAUAUCGUCUGCGAACGUGGAGGAAAAUAUAUCUAGCAGACGCAGUAGCAUUAGUAGUAACUCAAGUUUAAAGCAAACUCAACAGUCGAUAAACUUGAAGUUGAGGCGCCAAUUUCAGGAACAGAAGUUACUAGAUAUACGCACGGAACGAAAACGUAGACGAAAGAAGUUUAAUCGACGCUACUCCGCAGACAAUAAAGAUGGCGAUGAUAUAGGUCCAGAUAAUAAACAACCAAAAAUAAAACGAAUCAAGAUAGCAAUAAGUGGCGAUGUGGCGACACAAAUGCAAAUCUCAGGUGGAAGUAACAUAAAUAGUACUGACGAAGAAAAUGAAGACGAAUCUGCUGACACUCUACACGAUGGCGAUGGGAAUGAAGAAAUUGUUGUUGACCAAGUAAACGAUCGAGCACUUCUGGUUGAUGUUGCCGGCGAAGAUGGUGAAUCAAUAAAGAGCGCUAGCAGCCACGUUUCAACAUGCAAUCAAUUUACCUUGGUUAGUGUUGGCGACGAAUUUGACGCUAAUUCGGCCGAUAACAAUUACACUGAUGAACAAGAAGUAGGCUAUGGCGACUAUGGCGACCCUGAUGUUGAUGCUGAUAUAGAGUUUAACGAAUAUGAGGACGGUGAAGAUUGUACCGGCGAUUUUCAUGAAGUUGUAACACGGGAUAUUUCUCCCCCUUCAACAGGCAACAACCACAUUGUACUAACUAUCAAGAAAACACCAAGUAAAACUAAUUCCCCUUCGAAUUCCAUCUCUACCAUGUCGCCUUUCAUCAUUAACAAUAAUACAAAUAGCUCCCAUGCAUUAAGUAUAACAAUGCCGCCAAUGAUAUGUAACACUUCUGUCAAUACCUCGAAUUCCGUUGGUGGUAUAGUCAUGAACACAUCAAAUGUAAAAAACUUAGAGGUUGAGGAAAGCACACCACCGUUAGAAGCUUCCGUUACAUUGGCUAGUAGUGUUAAAGAAAUUCUGUCCCAUAAUCAAGCUGCUAUGGGCGUAACUAACGAUAUGCCGAACGUCGGACCACGUUCAACGAAAAGGUCUUUUGAAUUUGAUGAUACUGAAAGUUUAACAUCCGUAUUAUCCCUUGAUUUUCCUCAAUCCGCUGCAAAUUAUUUCCAUAAGAAAUGUAGAAAGUAUCGUCGAAGACGCAAAAUAAGGAAGGUUGAUAAAGGUGCCAUGUCAAGUUCGAAAGCUAUAAAACUGCAUCGCGAGCUAUUUUUUCCAUAUGAGCUUAUUGUUAGUGAUCACGAUGGCGCUAAAACAAGCCUUCUCAAUAUCAGCAGUUGCAGUUCAAGUUGUGUGGAAGAUAGCGAAUAUGAUGACUAUGAAUUUGUGACAAAAGACUCAAAUUGGGGGAAAAAAGAAAACUAUCCUCUUCAAACACAUUCUCAAAUUGAUAUUAAAUUAGAAACCGAUAAUAUUGAGUCUUGGGAAACAAGAAGUGAUAUUAGUGUCCGCCAGCAGCGGAAUCGUAGUUCAUCGAUAUCAUCUUGCUCUACUUAUUCAAGUUCUAUUUAUGAAUUGUUCAUGGUAAAUCAAGCAAACUCGUUGAAGUCCUGUAGUGGCUAUGAUUUUAACGAUCACUUAAUUGAAUCAGCAAAGAUCAAAAUUAAAAAUUAUGAUGAGGAUGUAGUGAAUGAGUUCAAAAAAAAAGACAAAAGUGAAGUCAACGAAGUUACCUCUGAACCUUCCCCGACUGUAAAUAUAUCUAACUCCAACGAACAAAAUAGUCAUGCGACUUCAGAUAACGCUGAUGAAAACAUUGAAGAUAAUAUCAACGAAGAAUUGCCUUUGGCAAAUAACUGGCUAUUACACUCGUUUAACAAUAUCUAUUACACCGUAGAUAAGCUGGAUAUACAAACCCAUGACGAGCGUAUGAACAAUGACGAUAAAGACAGUCAUAUGAUAUUCGAUAAUGUAGUCGUUGGCCCUGCUGUCGUUGACGCAGCACAACAGCAGGAGCAAAAGCUCCUAAAUAAAAAUUGUGAUGAUUAUAAUAACCUUUAUAAUAAAAACAGUAAUAACAUUAAUUUUAUUAGAUAUAUUAAUGAUGAUAGUUUAGUAACACAUGUUAAUCGUAAUAAACAAAGCGCGAGUUGUAAUGAGGUGGAUCAGCGGCAGGAAGAAAAUUAUUCAAACAAUGAUGAAUAUGAUGUUAAUACUGAUGGUUGUGUUAGUAUUGACGGUACAAAAUCAUUGAUCAUUGGCGAAGAUGAUAAUAGAAAUGGCAUUAAUCUUGCUAGUACUCAAACUGAACCUAAUGCUGCUUAUAAGGCUGAUAUAAGUUUCAAUAUGAGCUGUGAAAACUACGGAAAAACUGCACAACAAAUGCUGCCAUACAAAGAAUAUCGCACAGGCCUACGCGCUGUCGACGAGGAUGUAGAUGAUGACGACGGCAAUAACUGUGCCCGAAUUCAGCAAUUUAAGGAAUGGCAUCAAGUUCUUCAAUUGCGUUCUUACAAUGAUGAACUGCUCACUGUGUUACCAUACGUAGUUCUUGAUUGAGUUCAUAGGAAGUUUGCAAUUCUAUUCAUACACUUAUCGACAGUUAUUCAUACUGCUCAUUUAAAUAUAAAUGUUUUAUGAUCCGCCUUUGUUAAAUAUAUAUUAAUAUAAUAAAAAUAAUUAUUAAUAGAAUACAGAAAUAAUAUAAUAUAAUAAAUUAUGGUAACAUGACAUAAAAUAAAGA